AUGGAAAUACCUCAAAAAAAGGAUGAUGUGGAUUGCAUUGAGUGCUCUGAGUGUGCGGUCCCUGUCGGCACAGACGGCCCUCAGCGUGCGACUCUCCUCCUUCCUUGUCAACAUGUCAUGCAUUUAAGCUGCAUUGAAUUUGUAAAGCGUUGUAUGAAAUUAAUCAAUUCAUACGAAGAGGUGAAACCUAGUGGCAUUUCGAGUGAAGUGAUGCUUUGCCCAGGCUGUCAACAACCCGUGUCGAACACAAUUCCGUUGUUCCCAUUGGGCGAGGUGCUUUCUCAGCCCUCCGAAGACGCGGAAAACGCGAAAAAGGACUUUGAGCGGAUUCAUCACGCUCAGAAAAUGUACCUCAAGCGGCUUCACCGCACUCUUCAUGAGAAGGAGUGCGUAAUGCAAAUCAGUCGUCAAUGCGCAGCACUGCACGCCCAACGGACGGAGCUUUUACGCGAUGUCGAGCAGCAUAAUCAGCUUUUUCCCUCCCUCAAAGCAAUGGAUGCGGGAUCGGACAUGAGCAUCUCGUUUCGAUCGCUCUCUUUUACAAACAUGACGACGACGGAGCUGGAGCUUUACCUCAUGCAGACCAUUCCGGUGCUAAAUCAGACCCAAACCACACUGCUGGAAAAGCGGCGGGCCGUGGAAAAGCAUAAACGCAGCCUCCUCGCCUUCAAGGAGAAAUACCACUCACGGAAAAAGACGAUAAAGCUGGCGAAGAAGGGACCUUCAACCUCAUUAGACAUUCAGGGGCCUGAGGAUUGCCCCACCCGGCCUCCCGCGGCAUUGCCAAACGUGAUUGUAGAAUCGACAGGGCGGGAGUCGUUAGGCUCAGCCAAUGAGGAUCCCGCGCGUACUUCCACGCAUUUCUCACCGAAUCAAGGCGAGGCGGCUUUCAUUGUUGACGUGGAUGCGGAAUCAAUCGCGUCGGAGCGAAAACCUAUCAUCGCGGAAAGGCGGCGUAAUCCUCAGAGAAGUAGUAGUAGUAGUACCCAUCCCCAACAACGACCUAUGCAAACCGUUUUCGAAGCAGUGAUCGUUUCUUCCGGCGAGGAAGAAGAUGAUAAUGAACAAAUGGACGUUGAGGGACGUGGGGAAGGCAUUCCGACGAAUGUAUUCACAAAUAAUCACAUAUCAGAAGGGGUGGUUAACGACAAAGAACUUACCCCGACAAUAUUUUUUCCGCGAUGGGUGAGUGGACGGGAUAUGGAGAGGAAAGUGCAGAUCAGGCAGCUUCAGCUACUGCCUCGUCGAGAAAACUACCUCUGGCAAUCCACUCUUCCAUUUUAA